AUGUUAUCGUUGAUUUUCCUACUCUUGCAAUUGGGGAUAGUUUGUGGUGGUCAAACUAAUGGAAGAAUUUAUAGCAGGGCAUUCAGCUACCUGGUUGUCAGAGGUCAGAGGUCAUUUGUUUGUUACGAUGACCGCAUGGACAUCAUUACUAAGUUGAAGGCUGCCUCAACAUUGGAAUGCAUUUUAAAGUGUUUGAUAACAACGAAGCAGAACUUGAGAGGCAUCAACUACGUGUCGUCAAUGAGAUCUUGCUCCUGUGUUGCCAAGUUGAACAACUUCUGGUACAAUGUGACCUAUAAUUUGAAUGCUUCAUGUCUGGCUUUUGUCUCACAUGAUUGUCCAAAUUCUUUUGACUACAUAAUCGAAGUGCACAAAUGCUUAAUGUUCGUCAAUAACUCAAUGAAUUGGUACACUGCUAGGGAGGUUUGCAACAAGGCAUCUGCCCAUCUGUUGGAUGUCGAAAACCAAUAUGAAAAUUCUGCCGCACUGAAGUAUCUUCUAUCAGUUGUCCAAAGUGUCUUUCAAUCAUUACGUUUCUUUGGAUGGGGUGCUGGAGAGCCAAAUGGAUUCGUCGGCAAAACGUACUGCAUACAAUACAUAAUUAUACCAGCAAGAACCUGGGACGAUGAUUUAUGUAGUAAAUUGAAAUACAGUCUCUGUGAGAGUAAUGUCACGCCGUAA